AUGCUCCGCCAGACUGCCCUUCUCGCUCUCGCCCUCGUGCCCGCCACCUUCGCCCAGGUCGCCGAAGACUUCGAGGGCGGCUGGGACGAGACAGCAUGGCCUACCUACGCCCCUGACUGCAACCAGGGCGGUAAGGUCGCCCUGGACAGCUCCACCGCACACAGUGGCUCGAACUCCAUCCGGGUCGACGGUGCUGGUGGCUUCUGCGGGCACAUCUUUUUCGGCACGAAGAGCAUCCCCAGCGGAGAUCUUUAUGUCAGGGCUUGGGUCAAGGCGUCAAAGGCCCUCACCGACUCCCACGUCACCUUCAUUACCAUGCCGGAUCCCGCUCAGGGCACCAACAAGCACCUACGCAUCGGCGGCCAGAGCAAGAUCCUGAUGUACAACCGCGAGUCCGACGACGCCACCCUCCCGGACCUAUCCCCGCAGGGUAUCGCCGCCUCGGCCGCCCUCCCCACGGGCGAGUGGCAGUGUUUCGAGUACCACGUCGGCACCGACGGCUCUAUCGAGACGUGGCUUAACGGCGAGGCCGUUGAGGGUUUGACCAGCGUGCCGGGCGAUGGCAACCCCAACGCCGGCCAGUGGCAGCGGAGCAGCAUCAAACCUACGCCAGAGGCUGUAUACUUCGGCUGGGAGUCGUACGGCGGCGACACCAACACAUUCUGGUACGACGACAUCGCCAUCGACUCGGCCCGCGUUGGGUGCGAGUAA